UGAGUUGAGGUACUCUAUAAAUAUAUGCACACGGAAUAGGAUCUUUAUGGUUGGGAUAGAUAAACUCACAUGAGAGCUAAAGCUGUUGGUUUGUUUUGAGAGAGAGAGAGAGAGAUUAAAAGAUGGAAUCGAAAGGUGGGAGCAGUAGUGGAAGCACAAGCAAGUGUGGGCGUUGGAAUCCGACGGCAGAACAAGUUUCGGUUCUGAGUGAACUGUUCAGGUCUGGUCUGCGCACCCCAACCACUGAUCAGAUUCAGCGUAUCUCCAACCACCUCAGCUUUUACGGCAAGAUUGAGAGUAAGAAUGUCUUCUAUUGGUUUCAGAACCAUAAAGCUAGGGACAGACACAACAAGCGCCGCAAGCUCUCUUCUUCCUUUCCUCAUCACUCCAAGCAUCUCAAUCUUCUUCACUCUCAAAGUUUAGCUGAGAUGUAUCAAGUUUCAGAGCCUGAGAAUAAUAACAGGGUCUUAUGUUGAAUCCGAAUCAGAGAAGCUGAGAGUGCAUGCAAAUGAUGAUGAAAAUGGUGAUCAUCAUCAUCAUCAUCAUCAUCAAUGCAUGGAUCAUGAUGAUGAUACUAUGUUCUCAUACACAUUAAUGGGAGAACAAAUGGAGUAUCCUCCAUUGGACCUGCGCUUGAGCUUCCUCUAAACUAAUUGUAGUAAUAAUUUUACUAUUGUUAAUUAACUAUAAUUAGUGAACUUAAUUAUUAAUUAGUAGGUUUAGUGCAUUAUAUAUAUAUACAUAUGGUUAUGGAGCGUUGAGCAAAGAUACUUUAAUAUUAAUUAUCACUAUUAUAAUA